AUAUAUAAAACGUACAUACUUACAUAAAUAAAACGAUUUAGUAUACAAUCUUCGUUUGCACUUAUCAUUUUGCUUAAAACCUUACCGAGAAUCGCACCUCUUUGAAAAUCGAUACGAGAAUCGGUAUUUUAUUUAUAUUCGUUUUUGAAUAUCGAUUAUUUUGCGAGUAUUUUGUAUUUUUUUUCUGAUUAAUUUGUGUUUGUGUUUCACCUGUUUUUUUUGGGAUAAUGGCUGUUAAAAUGACUUCGCUGUGCUCAAUAGUGUGCAUCCUGCUAGUGCUAUGCCUGGCGGUGCUCGUCCGGGAAUCGAACGCGCGACCCCCAUGGCUGGCGCCCGGUAGUGGCGUGUUCACUGAGUCCGCUGAAUGUCAUACUGAUGAUGAGCUACUAGACCUUUGCCAGAGAUGCGCCAAGCUCACCAAGUCCAAACUGGCAUAUCCAGCAUGUUGCUCCACAGAUCUUCAGGCCAGAAAGUGGUGUUCCGAUUACGUAUAUUUCGGAAGAGGUCAAUAUGACUUCUACUGACCAAUAAAUAGUCAUUAAGUAGUCAUAAGUUUGAAUUUAGGAGUGGUUGAUUGACUGACCUUGUGACAAAAGAUGAAGAAGGCAUUUUGCAUUUAAUUUAAGUAGCAAGUUUGUUACUGAUAAUGUCUUCUUUUAAGUAUUUUAUGGACGUAACAGAGGGCGGUCUUUGAAAAGAUACUGUGCUAGGACGAAAGGAUUAUUUGAAUCGCUUUCACUGUAAUUCAAAAAAUGCAAGGAAAGAAACGGGUGAAAAAGGUUUGAGUUUUUGAGGUCGUUUGUAACACUAAUUUCGAUAAUUUUGUAUUAGAAUUCUUUUCAUAUUUUUUGUUCAAAUUGAGUAAUCUACAACUAAAAUAAUGUUUAAAAGUAUUUUUUUCAAAGAUCCGCUAUUCUAAAUAAGUCCAAGUUUUGAAAAAAACUGCGCCGUCAGUCAUACCGAACUAAAUAAGUAUGUAUUUUAUACAUUAAAAUGUAGUUAUUUUUAUAACAAAAUGUUGUACAUAAUUAUAGUGAAUAAGCUAGGUUUAAUUUAAGAGAGAGUAAGCAUUUAAAUCGCAUAGACAGACACACAUACAUAGGUUAAUUAAAUAUAUUUCUUAAUGUGAGACCAUCUUGUAAUAAUCAUAAGGAUCAACUAAAAAAAAAUAGUAUUUCCGUAGAAUUUUUUCUUUUAACUUUCUACUAAAAAGAAAAUGUAAUGUUUUAAGAACUUGCAACCUUUCACAAAAAUAAACUGCCUAUAUUGGUCUAAGGUCACUCGAACUGCAUUCUAAAAAUAUUCCGGAAUAUCCAUUUUGUUUUGAAGAGAUUAUCAGCAUAGCUAGAGGAUGAGACAUUAGUUAGUAAAUAUGGCUAGAAUCGCUAAUUACUGUUAUGUAUUACAUAUAUCCGUGUGGUCACUGCACGAAACAUUAAUUAAUAUUAAUUAUCAUUAAGCUAAUUGGCAACCUUUGCGCAGCCGUGCGAAUUGUGAUUCAUACACAAACAUGUGAUUUAUAAACAUGAUUACUAAAAUAUGUGAAACUAAAAGUUCAAAUAUUUUUAGGAUUUAUUUUUUUCAAAUUUUAGUUUUCACUAAAAUAAACUACUUGUCAUCAUCAUCAAAAAUAUUGUUAAAUAGAAAAAAAAAUGCGAAAUUGAAUCUGAAUUGGAUUCAAAAAUGAAGCUGUGAUAAAAAUGUAAAUAUUUCUUUUAAUGUAUAAUGUUGUAAAUAUUAUUUAUGUAAGUGUGCAAUUUAAACGUCUGAAGUGAAGAAGUAACUAAGAAUAUAAGAAUUUUAAUAUCUAAGUAAAUAAAGUAAAAUUACUUUUUACUGAUAUGAA